GACAUCUGACAUCUGUGAAUUCUAGUCUUAUUUUGAUCAUAAUAUUUUCAAGUAGUGAAAAAUGAGAAUCAAAGUUUUCUGAUGCUUUGCAAAGAUUAACACACUAGUUAUAAUUCUGACUUCUUAGUUUAUGGGGUCGAAAAUUAUGUUCUAUUUAAUUAUUAUUGUAUGCUUUUUAAAUAGACUAAAAGCAGAUCAAAAUAUUAAUUUGCUGAAUAAUUUAAAGUACAAUGGUGAAGGAUACAUAUUCCCAUAUCCUGAUCAGUGCAUCAAGAUUUUGGAAGAAUUUGCUCAGCAUGCUUCCAAUUUCACACUAUGUUCAAUAAUUAAUGCCAGCCCUGUAACUCUCUGUGAAAAGUGUGUUGGAAAUUAUGUGAAGUUCCGUGACAAAUACAAUGAGUUAUUGAGUACUGUAAAUGGCACAUCCUGCAGAUCGUUUUUUAUAUCUCAUGAUAGAUUAAAUGCAGUGCAACAGUAUCAUGACAACAUCUUGAAUGUGUGGAACAUGGGCAAUUGUAAUGAUUGUUUUGACUGGGUACAGGAAAAGCCCUUACUUAAAAAUGAAACAAUACAUUUUCAUAAAAUGUACAAUGACACAAUAAACUGCAUCAACAGCAACAUGGUUCCUAACAUUAGUGAAGUGUGCAACAUUUGCAUGCAGGCCUAUGAGCAAUUAGAUGAGUUCUAUAAAACUCUAAGUGCUGAUUCUAUUGGUGUUGAUAGUGUUUGUAUGGACAUUGUAGAUUCAAUGAAUGCCACAAGAUCAAUAUGGAGCAAAACCCUUAAUUGUUGUAACCUGAGAAGAACACCAGAAUAUGUAUUUUUAAGUUGCGCUGGGAUUAUUUCAUUCUUACCAAUAUUAUACUAUAUUGCUGUGAGGUAUUGUGGCCCAAUUCGGGAUUUACCAAAUGUUUUGAAACAAUCAAGAUUCAAACAGACGAUCUUAAGAGGGCUCUCAAUUGAUAGUAGAAGUGACUAGCUCCAAUAAGUAUAUCAACCAAAAUAGUUGGCUGACCUGCCAACAUCUACAGUCAAUCAAUCUUGAUCAAAAUUAAUGAUUGCAAAAAUUGACCUUUAAUUAUUUAAGUCUUACAUAUAGCCAAAGAAUCACAAUCAUUGAUUUUGAUCACAGAUUAAACCUUAACAUUGACUGUGUACCAGGCACCUAUGGUUAGUUAAAUACAUACAUAGACUGCUGAAAUUAUAACCCUUCCUUUCGGCUUUGCCAUAGUCGGGUAAAAAUUAAAAUGGUAAGCUAUGAUUGUAAUGAAAAUAUGUGUUGCCAAAUAAAUAUGUAACCUGCCAAAACAUCUAAUAGAUAUAUUUUAAUGUUCUAGAACGUAAGGCCCACUUGCACCAAACUGCUUUAACUGGUUUAGUUAAAUUUUGUAAUGGUGUCAUUUCUUUAAGUUUGUUGGCCAUGGUUGAUUUAAUUUGUUUUGAUUGAAAAUUGAACAGGUUGGUGCAAGUGCAUCUAUUGUUAAAAUAUAAAUUGUCAGACAG